AACCAUGGCCAUUAGAGGGGUGUUCCAUUCUGUGAAGACAUUAGUGACAGUGGCUAGCAAGAAGCUCAGAAACAACUCUACACUGUCAAGGUUAUCGGUUUCUUCUCGACGGCGUGUCACACCUCUUCUCUCUCGUGGAGCAAGUUUCAUCCCUUUCUUUGGUGCCAAGAAGAAAGUCUCCAGUGAUGACUGCAAGAACAGUAGGACUUCUGAGGAGACUGACAUCUUUGUAGAUAUUGAUGAAGACGAAGAUGAUGAGACUAAUGUUUGGAGGAAGACUAUUCUCAUGGGUGAGAAGUGUAAACCAUUGGACUUCUCUGGAGUUAUAUACUAUGAUUGUGAAGGAAGGCAGCUUUCCGAGUUUCCGGCUUCACGAUCUCCGCUUCGCAGUCCUUUGCCGUCUUUCGCCUAUUAUUCUGAAGUAGAGAAGGAUUUGGAGGACUGAAUGGUUUAUACAUAUAUAUAUGUUUUUUUGUAUGCUUGUUUCUUUAUGUUCUUUUGUAUUUCAUGAGUGUACUUUAUUAAUGAUGAAGUUAUUCA